UUCAUCCGGUCCAUCAAUCAAACAAACCUCCAACCAGAGAACCCGGGAAGCCAUUGCAACAACAGCAGCUCCAAAAACACGACGAUGCAGAAGCGCCUGUUCUGCACUCAAGCUGCAAUUCAAAUUGAAAACACCAUUAAAAACACUAGUUUAAGCAAAAAAUGGAUAAUCAAGCAAGUUAAAAAGUCCAAUUUCAGCCAAGUUUUGGACGAAAUCAAGCCCCACAUUUCCAAUUCCGAUUUUAUUGCAAUUUCUCUCCAGAAAACUGGCUCAUACUCAUCGCCAUGGCAGAGAGUUCUUCCCUUUGAUACUCCAGAAAUUUCCUAUUUGAAGGCCAAGCGUUCAGCAGAGAGGUUUCAGGUUCUUCAGUUUGCUGUCUGCCCUUUCACCCUUAGGGCUUCUAAGCUUACUGCUUACCCAUAUAAUUUCCACCUAUUUCCAAGAGAUGAACUGAAAAUUGGGAUGCCUUCUUACAGUUUUGCAUGUCAAACAUCAUAUUUGACGGCCAUGGCUCGACUUGGUUUUGAUUUUAAUUCCUGCAUAUAUGACGGAAUCUCAUACAUAUCCAGAGCUCAGGAAUCAAGUAUGAAACAUCUUCCGGGAAAUACUAUGCUGCGGGCACAUGCAUCGCAAUCUUCACCAGCUGUAUCAGUUGCUGAUUCUAUUUAUAUUCAGAGGAUUAAAACACGAGUCAAAACCUGGAUAAAAGCUUGCAAAGACUCAAAAGGACUUAAUGAAGAUCCUAUGGUCAGAGCUCUGAGAAAAGUUAUUAUGGGUGAACAUGGAUCCAGACCUUGUCUUGAUUUGGAUGUUUGCAGUGAGCGCCAAGUGCAACUUGUCCUCGAGGUUAUGAAGGAAUACUCUGAUGACACUGUCCCUUUGUUGAUCCCUGCAAAGCGUGGGGGCACACAAGGGCUUCGGAUUGUUUUGACAAGUUCGGAACAGGACAAAAUUCUUUUCCAGAAAGAACUUCAAGAUUUGGAGGAGGAGCAAAGUAAGAAUGUGCGUGGAUUUAGAGAAGUGAUCGAUCUGAUUUCUGCCUCAGGGAAACCUGUUAUUGCCCACAACUCACUUGAUGAUUUUACGUUCAUUCACUCAAAAUUUCUGAGCACUUUACCUCCAACUAUAGACGAGUUCAAACACUCUUUGAGCUCAUUCUUCCCUUAUAUCAUUGACAUGGGCCAUGUAACAAAGGAAUUCAACCGUAGUAGAAACAUGAACAAUAUACCUGCAGCUUCAUCUUUCUUGAGAAGUCGGUUCUUCGCACCUAUUGAUAUGGACAUUCCUAUCAAAGGUACACCAGAUGAGAUGAGUGAAGGGAAGAUCAACGGUCAAAAUGUUUUACAAUUAAGUCAUCUUUUUGCAAAACUCAAUACAAUAAUUAACCGCGGUCAACACCAUGUUAUUAGUGAGGAUAAAAUCUUAGCACUUGACAACUUUGCAAACGUCUUUGACCCGUACAGUAGUCCACUCCCUGAGAACUCUGACGAUGAUGAUGUCAGGAUUUCAUCAGGUAGUUUGAGAAAACUGAGCUGUGACAAUAUGGUGUUCAUAUGGGGAUUCAGGAGUGGGUUGUCAACUGGAGAGCUGAAAACACUCCUCAGUGGGUCCCAUGAAGCUUUCUCUGCAGAGUUUGAUGUCCAACUAGUUGAUAAAAGCUGCGCAGUGGCUGCUUUACAGCAGCCUGGACUUGCAGGAGCUUUUGUAAAAGCUAUGGAAUCUGGAGGAGGUUGCCAUGAAGGAGGGUUGAAGGAAUUGUUAUCAGAGGGUUUGAGAGCAGCAGAUUAUGGAACUUACAAGCUUGCAUGUAACAUGAGCAAGUGGGACUCUAAUUUGGCUGAUUCUUUGGACCAAGUUCUGAUGUCAGCUGACCAGUUUCCUGUUGAUAAUAGUCAUGGAAGAAGCCCGUAUGAAAUCUGGUGGGAUGACGAUACUGUCCUCAACCUUGAUGACCUGUGAACAUUGAGUGUGUAUUAGACCUGAUCAAAUUGCGGGUCGGGUUUGGGGCGGGUCAUGACUUAAAAGUUAUGCCAAUGUGUCGGGCCGGGCCAACAAAUUCUGCCCUAAACUCACUAUUUCGGGCCAAAAUAGUGGGUUUUCGGGCCAUUCCGGGCCGGCCAGAUUUAUAACUACCUUGCAAUUUUGAAUUGUCCAAAAAUCGGUAAAAAUUCUGCCCUAACCCUGCUAUUUUCGGGCCGGGUCGAGUCGGGCCAGCUGGCCAUGCUCAUGAUGAUCAGGUCUAGUGUAUAUAUAUAUUCAUCAAGAAAUGAUCAGAAUACUUGAUUUCUUUCUGUAUCCGGAAUCCUUGGCGUUAUGCAAGAGGCUCCAUAUCUCUGAUAAGACAGGAAAACUGAAACCAUUGCUGGUUUUUCUGAACUUGAAUCAGUUACUACAAUAGGUGGUGGACUGGUAAGUAAGAUACAGAACUGAAGAACUGAAGAAUUGGAAGUCAGAUGUUGAGUGACAACUUACACUUUGCUGAGUGAUCAUAGUGAUGCUAGAGGAGAGACUUUGGUAUGGGAUUCGUUUAUUCUUUUCUCCUACCGCUAAUGUUAGAUAGGAAUUUAGGAUAUACUCUCCUUGUAAAACAUUACAUGGUUUUAAUUUAUGUAGUAGUUGAUUUGGUUGUAUAUGCUCUGAGUGAACCUUGUCACUGUUCUUGGGAGUGUUCUUACAUGUUAUAGAUGAAAGAUCACUUGGUUAAGCAUGCACA